GGCAGUCGCAGGGCCGUGGGCCGUUUUUCACGUGCAGGAUGCUGCUUCUGGCUCUGGGCGGCCAGUGGGCGGCUGGGCUACGGUUCCGCGGGAAGAGGACCACGCUGUGGGCUGCCGCCACCCUCCAGCGCUCCAGCUCUGCCGUCUCGCGGCCGGCCUCCUGUAGUGGUCCCGCGGGGCCAGUCGGCAGCGGGAGCUCGAGGUUGCAGGGAAUCGCGCCCCUUCUCCGGCGUCCUGCUCGAACACAGAUAUCUGCUUGUUGGGAAGGAUGUGUUCGAUGCUUCAGUACACAAGUUGACAAAUCAGAAGACGGAAGGCUGAUUUAUACUGGAAAUCUGGCCCGAGCAGUAUUUGGUGUGAAAUGUUUCUCUUAUUCUACGAGUGUGAUCAGCCUCGCAUUUCUACCAUAUAUUUUUGCACAAAAUAACAUUAUAUUCGGAAGCCUGCCAUUGCAAAUCUUAUUUUAUGGCACGAUAGGAAGCUUUACGUUGAUUACCCCAGCACUGCUUCACUUCAUUACAAAAGGCUAUGUCAUUCGGUUGUACCAUGAGGCCACAACAGACACUUAUAAAGCCAUUACUUACAGCGUUGUGCUUUCAGAAACGAGCACAGUGUUUCAUCAGAAUGACGUGAAGGUUCCAGACAGCACACACGUGUUUACCACAUUUUAUGCUAAAACAAAAUCACUGUUAGUUAAUCCAGUUCUCUUUCCAAACCCUCAAGACUAUAACCAUCUAAUGGGUUAUGACAAACCAUUCACUUUUGAUAUGGAAGAAGCCAGUGAAAAGAAACAGAUUAAGGAUGAGAAAUGAGACUAUUUUUAUGCUUGUGUUCCUUAAAUGUGAUUUAUGUUUCAAUGUAUAAUAAAAUUGUCUUUACUUUUGUAUUCUGUUAGUGACUUAAUUUGAAGCUAUCAAAUAGCUUUUAAUUAAUUUUGAGAGAAUGAUGUUCCUUUAUAAUAAAGUAAGCUGUGUUUGAAAAGCAAA